AUGCCCGUCAAUGGCCCCGCUGAUGUGCUUCGGUCUGAUGCCUCUCCCGAACCUCCAUCAAAGUACGUUAAUACGUUUGGGGCGUUUCUCGAGCUUUAUAAUUCACCGGCCGAUCUCAUCAAGGCCUAUGAGGACCAUCGCCAGCGCCGCAAUCUCGAACGCCGCUCUCUGAUCCUGUCCUCCGGUAUCAUAUGUCCUGACAAGAUCCUGCGGGGCCUUGUUCUUGAGAACCAGCCUCCAGAGUUCGAUCCUCGAAACUGCAUUUCUCUGUGGUGUCGUCCUCCCUCUCAUGUUAUGCAGUUCAUUGCUCAGGUACAGAGCAAAUUGCGCCAGGCGGAGCCAGAGAUCUGGUGUAUGCCUCAGAACUGCUUGCACAUGACUGCUCUCGAGAUCGUCCACAGCAAGCCAGAUUCUUAUGUCAACUCGGUUGUUGCUCAGCUUCAGCCACAUUUGGACCACCUCCUUGCACCUCUACCCGCGCCCCUUCUGGUCAAGCCGAUUCUGAGCUAUGAUCAGAAUGCUCUUGCCAUCAGCUUUGUUCCAGAGGAACACAGUUCCUCGCAAUCUGACUGGUACACUUACCAGCACUAUCGACGAGAUCUCUGUGAUAUAGUACAGCGCAAAGCUGGCAUCACUGUCGACAGUCGCUACCAUUUUCCAUCCGCCCACGUUACGAUCGCCCGAUUUGUGAAGCCACUUAGCGGGCCAGUCGAGAAAUGGAUCGAUGCUCUUGAUGCCAUAAACGAAUGGAUCGCAUCUUCCGAGACUACCAAAAACAUUCGCUGGGUAGUUGGAGAAGAACGCGGUAGUGAAUGCCGUUGUGGUCUGAUAUGGUAUGGUGGAGGCCGUGCCGAAGGAAUCGGCAUGACCGUACAAGAAGCUACUCAUCGCGAGAGGAAGGGUCGUAAAGAAAGACAUGUUUGGCGGGUCAGGUAA